CACAAGAACACCUUGUGCUACUUAUAGUCUGGAGGGAAAACUAUACAACCCAUAUUUCCUCGCUAGAAGCAGCCAGUACUGGAGUUUUCGCAUGGUGAUCUGCUGUUAAAACAUUUCUCGGGAUCGGGAUUUGUUUUCAGAGUCUUCCGUCGAACCCGCUGGAGGUUUCGGUGCCGACAUGAAUCACCUGUUACGGUACCUGUGUGGUUAAAGACAGAGCCGCCGAGUGGGGGACGGAGUACUGAUCCUGCUUGUGAUUUUUUUAUUUAUUUACGGUUUGUCGGGGCCAGGUCAUGCUGAUGGACCAGGACACUCAGUGGCUAUACCAGCUCCUGGCUGAAGUCCAGUUGGAGAAGUUCUACCUCCGUGUCCGAGAUGGGCUCAACAUUACCCACGUGGAGCACUUCAACUAUGUCAAGGAGUCUGACCUCGAGCACAUCGGAAUCAGCAAGCCAGCACAAAGAAGAUUAUGGGAGGCCCUGAAACGAUACAAGACAGCCUCACGCUCACGGCCAUGGAUGCCCAAGUUGUUAAGCAACCGAGCUCCAGAGGUAGGGGAACAGAGUGCCACAGGUGGCCCAGUUCAGUCACCAGAGAGUGUCGGGCGGACCCCACCUCGUCUGAUCCAGGACAGUGAGCUGUUUCUGGGGGAGAAGCUGGGCUCGGGGUCCUUUGGAGUGGUGAAGAGGGGAGAGUGGCGCACACCCACAGGCAGAGUGCUACCUGUGGCUGUCAAAUCAUUGAGGAGUAGCAUGUCCAGACAGACUAACACACUGACAGACUUCCUGCAGGAGGUCACCACCAUGCAGUCCUUAGAUCACCCCAACAUCAUCCGACUCUACGGUGUGGUGCUCACACAUCCCCUCAAGAUGGUGACAGAGCUGGCCCCUCUGGGGUCAUUAUACAACACCCUGCGGGGACGUCAGUAUGAGUACCCGCUGCUGCGCCUCUGGCUCUUUGCCACCCAGAUUGUAGCAGGCAUGGACUACCUGGAGACCCGGAGAUUCAUCCACAGGGAUUUGGCUGCGAGAAAUGUGCUGCUGUCCUCCAAGGAGGCGGUGAAGAUCGGAGACUUUGGUCUGAUGCGAGGCCUGAGUCAGGAGAGAGACCAUUAUAUCAUGGGAGCACACAGAAGAAUCCCGUUUGCAUGGUGUGCCCCAGAAAGUCUACGUAUCGGCUCCUUCUCCCAUGCCUCUGACGUCUGGAUGUUUGGUGUCACCAUGUGGGAGAUGUUCACCUACUGUGAGGAGCCUUGGUUUGGUCUUUCAGGGAGACAGAUCUUGUGUCGUGUGGAACAGGACGGUCAGCGACUGGAGAAACCACCAGAUUGUCCUCAGGAGCUGUACUCUGUCAUGAGGAAGUGCUGGGCCGUCAACCCCAAUGACAGGCCCAACUUUGCAGCGCUCACAACAAUGCUUGCAGAGACUAAGCCAGCAGAGGUCCAAGCAACAAGAGAGUUUGCAGAGCCCAGAAAACUUCCCCUUGCUCCAAAUGACAUUGUGACACUCAUAGAUCAUGGGCUGGAGAUGACCGAAUGGCGCGGGCAGAACCAGACAACACUGGCCAUCGGCUGGUUUCCUGCCAGUCUCACCGUGCCCGCCACCACCUCCAGCAGCACGGUGCCCAAUCCGGCUGCUGGUGUUCCUUUUAUCUCCCGUCCACUGAAGGGCAGUCUGCAACACACUGGGCAUGGAGACGUCCACCCUGACCGCUCCUGGGGAACACCGGAGAGGCUGGAAGACAACAGCAGCUGGAGGCCGCCACCUGGCAGGGAGAGGGAGGGAAGCAAUCUGCAGAAAAUGGCAGGUUUGUCUCAGAGCCUGGAGUCGGUCCUAAGUGGACCACAUCCCUGGGGUCAGACUGAAGGGGCUUUCAGAGUGGAUCAGCAUGGCAGACCCGUGCCUCCUGCAAUAAAUGCUCAGAGCGUGAAAGCACAGCAGGACCAUCGGCGGUUCAGCGAGGCUCCCCCUCCUCGGCCGCCCCCCCCUAUCCUGAAGCCCUUGAACAUGAAGGCUCAGAGGAAGCCCAUACUUCAGCCACCUCCGGGCUCCUUGUGGCCUCCUCAAAUGGUCCUGUCCCCCCCAGCGCAGCAGACACAACCUCCGCCUCAAGUCCCUCAACAAGCUAUGAUGGGGUCCAACCUGGUCAAAAUGGCCAAGAUGACACGUUCAACCCCGCAGCUGGAUGAGGACCAAAGAGAAAAAUCCUCUUAUGCACAAAACACAAAGGAGAACCUUGUUGCACAAGUAAUUGAGGCUGUGCACGGUGCGACCAUAGAAGAGGUGCAAAGUGCGCUUCAGCGUAAUGAUUGGAAUCCAUUGCGUGCUAAGCAACAACUCAAGAUUGAUCAGCUUUAUUUUCUCAAAAUGUGCUCCAAAGAGGAAUGUGUGAGGAUUCUCACCAGACACAACUGGAACCUGCAGCUGUCCAGCAUAUACCUUUUUCGGAUGUUCCCGGGAAGAAAGGGUAGGCCCCAGCGAGAGGGAUCGACCUCAGAUUAGUGCUGAAAGACGGGUCUGAAGAGACUUGUAGCUGGCUUUGACUGGCUGACGUCUCACUUUUUCAGCAACAAUUUACUUCACAGUGACCCACUUCAGCGCAUGGUGCUCCCCAAAAGGACUGCUUUAAUAUGGGAGCAGGACUGAGCAUAUUAAAGCAGGAACAUGAAGGUUUUCAAACUGGAUUUACCAGAGACUAAAAGCCCCAAGCACUCUGUUAAUAUUUCCAUGGUGCCAUUAUUCAGCAUGUUUUUUAUGUGGAUGAAUUUAUAUAUGUGUAAAUGUCAUAUUAGACAUACAUUUGCUGAAUAAACCUGUAGAUGAAGUCUCUUAUUGUGCAAAUA